AUGGUAUUUUCGAAGUCUGGAUUUUUCGGUAUUGUGGUUGAAGAAGCUUCUUAUGAGGCAUUAAGAUCAAAAUCUUCAAAUGUUGCUCAAGAAAUGAUCAACGAAGCAAUUGCAAAGAAGCUCGACAUAAAAAGCCUCAUUUCUAAUUCAAACGCAUUGCGCAUAGCAGAUUUGGGAUGUUCAGUUGGGCCAAAUACCUUCAUUGCCAUGCAAAAUGUACUUGAAGCCCUGGAAAAAAAGUGUCUUUCCCAAGGCAAUGCUUCUAAAGCACCCGAAUUCCAAGUGUUCUUCAACGAUCAUGCAUCCAAUGAUUUCAAUACACUUUUCGCAUCCCUCCCUCAUGAUAGGCAAUACUUUGCUGCUGGAGUGCCAGGUUCUUUCUAUGGCCGCUUAUUCCCGGAGUCCUCUCUCCAUUUUGUGUAUUCCUCCUCUGCACUCCACUGGCUCUCUAAGUCGCCUGAAGGGUUGCUCGACAAAAACUCACAAGCAUGGAACAAGGGAAAAAUUUACUGCACAAGUGCGUCUGAGGAAGUAGCAAAUGCUUAUGCAGCUCAAUUUACAGAAGACAUGAAGAUCUUUCGGAAUGCUAGAGCUAAAGAGAUUGUGGCUGGAGGGAUGAUGGUAGUGCUUAUGCCAGGUAGCUCGGAUGAUAUCCAUUAUUCUCAGCGGUCAGUAGGUCUGCUGAUUGAUUUCUUUGGGUCUGUCCUCAUGGAUAUGGUGAAUGAGGCUUGUAGAAGAAAACGGUUGUUUCAAUAUUGAGAGAAUGCAAAUGAUGGAUCCGAGGUCAAUGAUGAAUUCCCCACUUGAUGUGUACACAUUUAUAAUGCACCUAAGAGCUGCCAUGGAAGGAUUUUUCACCAAACAUUUUGGAAGUGAGAUUGUUGGCGAAAUGUUUGGAAGGAUUUCUCAAAAAAGUGCAAAGUUUCUACUGGACAAACGCUACAAUGAAAUAGAUUGAGUAUUUUUUGUUUUGAAGCAUAAAUGAUGUGAGUUGGGAUGGUAUUGGCCUCAUUAUAAGGGUAAUUUACAUGUCAUAGCUAUCUUUACCUCU